AUCCUUGUAAUCCUUCAGUUACCAAAUUCAUUUCGCAACGCAAAAUUGUAAAUUGUAUAUUAAUUGACCUGAGUGAACCUUGGAUUCUUUCCAAGUCAUUCUUUAUCUUAGUUUGCUUGAUCGAAUGAUGAAUGUAGUUUUAGCAUUUUAUUUGUUUUCUUUCUUGCCGGUUUGGUAGACUUGUCAAUUGGUUAAGUGAUCCUCGCUGAACAUGAUGACUUGUCAAUGGAUCCUUGCAUUUAUAAAGACCCAAAUGCACCAGUAGAAGCUCGUGUCAAAGACCUUCUUUCAAGAAUGACUUUGUAAGAGAAGAUUGCCCAGAUGACUCAGACAGAUCAAGAUGUUGCCUCUCCUUACUACCUCAAAGACCUCGCCAUUGGGAGUGUUCUCAGCCUUUUAGGCAGUGGACCUUUUGGGAAUGCUUCAUCGUCUGAUGUGGCGGAUAUAGUUGAUGGGUUUCAGAAGCUAGCACUUGAUUCACGGUUAGGUAUACCAAUUAUGUAUGGGAUUGAUGCAGUUCAUGGCAAUAGUGGUGUCUAUGGUACCACUGUAUUCCCUCACAAUGUUGGCCUUGGAGCUACUAGGGAUGCGGAUUUAGUACGAAGGAUUGGCAUUGCAACAGCUCUUGAAGUUAGGGCAAGUGGCAUUCAUUAUACUUUUGCUCCCUGCGUGGCUGUAUGCAGAGAUCCCCGAUGGGGAAGGUGUUACGAGAGUUACAGUGAAGACACCAAUUUAGUUAGGCAGAUGACUUCGAUUGUUUCAGGCUUGCAGGGACAGCCACCUGAAGGACACCCAAAUGGCUAUCCUUUUGUGGCAGGAAGAAACAAUGUCAUUGCCUGUGCUAAGCAUUUUGUUGGAGAUGGGGGAACAGACAGAGGCAUAAAUGAGGGGAAUACUAUACUUUCAUAUGAAGAUCUAGAGAGGAUCCACAUGACACCCUAUCUUGACUGUAUUUCACAGGGUGUUUCCACUAUUAUGGCGUCCUAUUCUUGUUGGAAUGGGCAUAAAUUGCAUGGCAACCGUUUUCUUUUGACAGAAGUUUUAAAAAAUAAGUUAGGGUUUCAGGGUAUUGUGAUCUCUGACUGGGCAGGAAUAGAUGAACUUAGCCAACCUUAUGGCUCAAACUACCGUUACUGCGUCUCUUCCGCUGUUAAUGCUGGAAUUGACAUGUUUCUGCAGGUGAUGGUGGGCCAUAAACACGAACAAUUUGUGGAAGAUCUGAUGUUUCUGGCAGAAUCAAGGGAGGUACCAAUGGCCAGAAUCGAUGAUGCUGUUGGACGAAUACUGAGAGUAAAGUUUGUUGCUGGUCUUUUUGAAUAUCCCUUUGCUGACAGAUCUUUACUUGGUAUGGUUGGUUGCAAGAUGCAUAGAGAAUUAGCACGUGAAGCAGUGCAGAAGUCUUUGGUUCUCCUGAAAAAUGGGAAGGAUCUGAAGAAACCUUUUCUUCCAUUAGAUAGAAAUGCUAAAAAGAUUCUUGUUACUGGAACACAUGCAGAUGAUCUUGGAUAUCAGUGUGGUGGCUGGACUAUAACUUGCAAGGGAUUAAGCGGCAAGAGUACUACUGGUAUGACAAUCUUGGAUGCUAUUAAAAGGGCAGUGGGAGAGACAACAGAAAUUAUAUAUGAGAAAUAUCCAUCACAAGAAACCUUAGCAAGCCAGGAUUUUUCAUAUGCCAUUGUAGCUGUUGGUGAAGGUCCAUAUGCAGAAUGCACUGGUGAUAAUUCAGAGCUUGUGAUCCCCUUGAAUGGAGCUGAUGUGAUUAGUUCAGUAGCUGAUAGAAUCCCCACCUUGGCAAUUUUGAUAUCUGGGAGACCUCUAGUUUUAGAGGCAUGGGUCUUAGAGAAGAUAGAUGCUUUUGUUGCUGCUUGGUUGCCCGGAACUGAAGGAGCAGGAAUCACAGAUGUUAUAUUUGGAGACUACAAAUUUACCGGUCGACUACCGGUGACAUGGUUUAAGAAGGCUGAGCAGCUCCCUAUGCAUACUAUGAAUAGUGGAGAUGAUUUGUAUGAUCCUGUAUUUCCCUUUGGCUUUGGCUUGACAUACAGCGGAGAGAAAUCCUUGGACUAAUUUAUUUGAAGAAAAAGGGUAGCUGAAGGUCCAAGUUUCCUUAUUUUAUUAUGGUUGUAAAUAGGUUGUCCAUGCAUAAGUUCCUACCUUAACACAGUGUUUUCGUUCAUCAUCAGUGGCAGAUCUAUGUUAUGGAGAGGGGUCAAUUGAGUGUGAAGUUUGUAGGCAAACACAUUUGUAGGCGUAUCAUCAAUGGCGGAUCUAUGUUAUAAAAAUGGGGUCAAUUGAGCAUGAA